AUGUCCUCCCACACAACCAAGACUACACCUUCUGAUGGCCAAAGCCAAAACCAAGGGCCACCAGAUGUUCAGUCAGAGUUCAGCCAAGCUCAAGAUCAAACUGAGCCUGAAAGCGAAGUUUCCGCGCAGCUGGAGUCCUCCAAUCAUGCCCUCAAGCUCAAGCUAGAAGCGUUGAGAAGGGAGCUUGAGGAAACCAAAGCUGAGAUCUCAGCCGUCGACCAUGUACUAGAGGUGGCUAGCAAAUCGUCUUCUUGA